GGCUGACGUUCCUUUUCCUGCCUGUUCCCGUGGCAGAGGCUGUGUUCAUCUACCGGAGAAACGGUACAAAAUGCCAUCAUUAGUUUUAACCAGCAGUGACAACAGUAACAUCAUGGACGACGUGGACGAAGGAUUAAACACCAAUUUGGAAAUCAAAAAAAAGAAAGACAAGGCCAAGAAGAAAAUGACCAUGACCGAAGAGUCUGCUGACUGCGAUCCACCGGCUCCCAAAAAGUUGAAACGAGAAAAGAUGGACACAGCCAACGGGACAGUGCAGAGCUCUCCUGAUGUUAAUGGAAACAUCAGGAAGAAACCAGUUAAAGUUCAGAACCUUCAUUCCAGUGACGAGCUCGUCAACCCAGCUGGCGAGCCUCCAGAGCAGAAGAAGAAGAAGAAAAAGAAGGCGGCGACAACAGACGACGAUACAGCCGAGCAAACGCCAGCAGCCAAUGGCAUUAGUACAAAAUCACCAAAGACUCCAGCGAAAGUCAACGGGCAUCUGACCGACUCUACCUCGACACUGUCCAGCGAAGACUCCAGCAGCGAGAGUGAAAAGGAUAUGGAGACACCAGAGCAAAAAGAGGGAGCCUUCUCUAAUUUCAAAAUCUCACAGGACACCAUCAAGCUACUCCAAGCCCGGGGUGUGAUGUAUCUCUUUGACAUUCAAGUGAAGACCUUCAACUCUGUGUACGACGGGAAAGACGUGAUCGGUCAAGCCCGAACCGGCACGGGAAAGACGUUCUCUUUUGCGAUCCCACUAGUGGAGAAACUGCAGUCUGGAGCCGAGGACAGAAGAAGAGGGAGAGCACCAAAGGUGCUGGUUCUCGCUCCGACCCGAGAGCUGGCAAUUCAGGUGGCUAAAGACUUCAAGGACAUCACCAGGAAGCUCUCCGUUCACUGCUUCUAUGGAGGAAGCUCCUACAACCCUCAAGUUGAUGCCAUUCGCAGCGGGAUCGACGUUCUCGUCGGCACCCCAGGCCGAAUAAAAGACCACCUUCAGAACAACAAACUGGACCUGUCCCAGCUGAAACAUGUGGUGCUGGAUGAAGUGGACCAAAUGCUUGAUAUGGGCUUUGCUGAACAAGUGGAGGAGAUCCUCUCUGCUUCCUACAAAAAAGGUGAUGAAAGCAACCCUCAGACUCUGCUCUUUUCUGCCACUUGCCCUCCUUGGGUUUAUGACGUGGCUAAGAAAUACAUGCGCUCCCAGUAUGUCCAUGUCGACCUCAUCGGCAAAAAGUCUCAGAAAGCCGCCACCACAGUUGAGCAUCUGGCCAUAGCAUGCCAUUGGUCUCAGAGAGCAGCGGUGAUUGGUGAUGUAGUGCGGGUGUACAGCGGCAGCCACGGACGCACCAUCGUCUUCUGUGAGACCAAGAAGGAAGCCCAUGAGCUGUCUAUGAACACCUCCAUCAAACAGAGUGCACAAUCUUUGCAUGGAGACAUUCCUCAGAAACAACGAGAGGUCACACUGAAAGGCUUCAGGAACGGCCACUUCGAGGUCCUGGUGGCCACCAACGUGGCUGCACGAGGCCUUGAUAUCCCAGAAGUUGAUUUGGUUGUACAGUGUUCUCCUCCAAAGGACGUUGAGUCCUAUAUCCACCGCUCUGGACGAACUGGCAGAGCUGGUAGAACUGGCAUCUGCAUUUGUUUCUAUCAGCGCAAAGAAGAAGACCAACUGCGAUAUGUGGAGCAGAAGGCUGGCAUUACUUUCAAGCGUGUUGGCGUUCCCACUGCUAAUGACAUCGUCAAAUCUUCCAGUAAAGAUGCAGUCAGGUUCCUGGAUUCUGUACCUCCAGCAGCUAUCGAACAUUUUCGUGAUGCAGCAGAGAGGCUAAUCGAAGAGCGAGGUGCGGUGGAGGCGCUAGCCGCUGCUCUUGCACACAUAUCAGGAGCCACAACUCUGGAGCAGAGAUCGCUUCUUAACUCAGAUGCUGGCUUUACCACGUUAGUGCUUAGCUGCUCUCAGGACAUGCAUAACAUCGGCUACGCCUGGCGAGGGCUGAAAGAGCAGCUCGGGGAGGAGAUAGACGACCAAAUCAAACGCAUGACCUUCCUGAAGAGUAAAAAGGGGGUUUGCUUUGACGUCCCAGCCGAUAAGGUGAAAGAAAUCCAGGAAAAAUGGCAAGAUGGUCGCAGAUGGCAGCUGACCAUCGCCACUGAACUUCCCGAAUUGGAGGAAAGCAUGCGGAACCGCGGGGAACGAGGAUCUGGGUCCAGAGGUCGUGGUGGCGGAUUCCGCGGUGGAUUCCGCAGUGGCUUCCGUGGUGGCAACAACCGAAGAGGAGGAGGAGGAGGAGGAGGAAGAGGUGGGGGAAGAGGAGGUGGUCAAAAAAGGAACUUCAGCCAGGCUUUUGGCCGUUAAACAUCACACGUUUGCUCGAGUGACUUUCUUUUUCCAGCCUUGACGACUGGGUCGGUCAAUAUUUUUCCACUUUAUAUUUGGGAAGUGAACCAUUACCCUUCACCGGAAAACUGCUUUCCCAAAGCCUGCAUAGACAAAACAAGCUAAUUGCCUUGCAAUUGUGUAUUCAAACAGCUCUAUUUAAGCCCAUUCACAUGAAUGUGAAUUCCAUUAAAGUUGUCAUAAUACGCAAA